CUCUUCUUCUUCAUUUUCAUUCAUUCAUUUAUUUCCUUCAGUCUUUUUUCUUUUCUUCUUCUUUGGAUUUUCCUCUUUGUGAUGCGCGCAUUCGUCUCGCUCGCUGCGCUGCUGGGCUUUGCUUGCCUCUUCCUCAUCGCGACGACCCCUGCGCCAGUCGCUGCCGACGAUAACGGCGGUGUCCCCUGCGCCGUCUGCACCUUGCUGACGGGCCUUGUUGGUCAGCUCGCUGAAAUUCACAAUGAAACCGUGGCCGACUCGAUGGCUCGAUUCUGCUCGUAUUUGCCCGCCUCGUACCAAACCCCAUGCGCCGCACUCGUCAAGACCUAUGGCCCAACCAUCAUUGACUUGUACGAGGAUCACGAAACUGCCGACAUGAUUUGCCUUGCGAUCGGCAUCUGCAACACGUCGUCCGGCACUCGCUGCCACGCCUUCCCCGAGCCCGCUGAUGCAGAGGAGCGUGCCAACCGUGCGCUCAAGAUUGCCGCCACCAAGUCGUUCAUCAAGCCUUGCGAUAUUCCCGAGAUGAAGCCGAUCUGCGACCUGGUCAACCGCUUUGGCAACGAGCAUGUGCCGAUUGAUGAUCUCGACCAAGACAUGUUCAGCCAGAUCAACACCUUCCGUGGCGCUGACUGGCGCGGCAAGGACUGCAACGAGUUUGACGCUGCCAUCCACCCCGGCCGCAACCCCGGCCCGUCCAGCGGCGGCAACAACGACCUCAUCGUCGACACCAACUGCAAUGGCAUCUAUGGCUCCGAGGGCUCCACCACCUACGAGGAGAAGUUCUGUGGCGACUCUGGCCAGCUGGGCAUUAUUCUGCUCGGCGAUUCUGUCGGCGCCCACUUCCGCAUCCCCCCAGAGUACCUCAACGCCCUCCAGGUCACGUCGUCCACCUACAAGAACCUCGACAAGAUUCUCCCCGACGAGUUCGACUGGCCCAUGCACUCGUUCUCGACUGGCCACCGCAACGCCACCGGCACCGAAGACCCCGGCACGGUCGAUUCCCUCUACCUCCGUCUUGUCGCCCGCAACCGCUGCAACCACCGCGACUUCCAGAACGUCGGCGUCAACGGCGCUCGCUCCGGUGACAUGGUCAACUUUGUCAAGCAGAGCGUUGCUCGCAACCCCAAGAAGGACUACCCCGCGAUCGUCGUCGCUUCCUUUGUCGGCAAUGAUGUGUGCAACGGCCAUCCUGGCACCGAUCACAUGACCACUGCGGCAGAGUUCCGAGCCAACAUUAUUGCUGGUCUCGAUGCCUUGAACAUGACGCUCGCUCCUGGCAGCCACGUGCUGCUCAACGGUCUUGCCAACGGCAGCGUGCUUUACGAGUACAUGCACGCUCUGAUCCACCCGAUCGGCGAGUGGAAGCAGAAUGUCAACUAUGCUGAUGUGUACACCUACCUUAACUGCCUUGGCAUUUCCCCUUGCGAGGGCUGGAUGACCACCAACGCUACUCUUCGCGACCUGACCACUCAGCGUGCUGUUCUUCUUUCGAGCGUUCUUCAGGAGCUGGCCUCCAACGUCACCAUCACGAGCCGCUACUCGAAUGUGUUUGACAUGUACUACCUUGGCACAACAAUCGAGGACAUUAUCGAAGAGUGGAUCCAGGAAGGCAACAACGUUGCCGAUCUGAUUGAGCCUGUCGACGGCUUCCACCCGCGUCUUGGUGGCGAGGCAAUGAUGGCUGCUCUCAUCUGGGACGAGCUCACCCAGUAUGCUCCUCAAAUGAUUGGCAAGGUCAAUCCCAACAACGACGCCAUUAUCAGCAAGUUUGGCGACCAGGGUGGUUACUAAACAACGCCCCAAAGACAUUGUGUCGUGGUCCAUUUCCAUGUUGUGCAAAUGUUUUGAUCUCUUGCAUUAUGAACUGAAUGGGCUUCAUGUUUAGCACAGUACAGUAUGAAACCUUUUUUUUCUUGUCUUGUUUGAAGUUUUGUCACUUAUUCUUUUUGUUUUCUAAGAAGAUUCUCA